AUGCCGAUAAAAGUAGAAGAUCAUGAACAUCUUAUCGUUGUUGUAUCUGGUGGUGGACCAGUUGGUCUCACAUUUGCACUUCACUUAACGAUGAUGAUGGGUACACAUGUGAAAAUAUUUAUUUAUGAGGGACGUUGGUUUGUUGAUCAACAAGGUAGAAUACAUUGGCAAGAUGAAAAACAAGGCAAAACACGUCGUGAUCAAGUUGUUACAUUACAAGAUCAUGUUAUAAAACAAAUGCCUCAGUAUAUAAAACAAGGUCUUUUUCAAAAUAUAAAUGAACGUGUUUGGCCAACAUCUAGAAAUAUUCCAAUUAGAGAAGUCGAAGAUCGUCUUUUUGACCUAAUGCAACCAUUUGUUCAUAGUGGUCAAAUAGAACUCAUUCCAGAAAAUUUGCAUGAGCAAUCAGAAUGUCUUAUAAAAGGAAAUUUUGAUCUAUUGGUUGGUACGGAUGGUUCUAAUUCAUUUGUACGUCGCUAUUGUAAUAUUCAAAUGAUGAGUGAAGGUCUUGAAUAUGCAUGUGGUGUAGCUUAUGAUAUUCCAGAUAAUGUUCCACCAACAGAAGAACCAUUACAUCAAGCACUUAAUUGUAUUUUAACUGUGUCUCAAACGCGUUACUUAGUUAAUUCAUCCACAAGUCGUCGUGGUUAUUUAAAUAUUCGUCUAAUUCAAGAUGAAUAUGAUGAAUUACGAAACCGUUUAGAAACAUUUCAAUUACUUAAUGAACCAUUAGAUUUAUUAGAUUACAAUAAAUGUCCACAAUCACCUGUAUGGACAAUUAUUCGACAAGGUUUAGACUUUUUUAAAAUAUCACCAAAAUAUGUUUUCCGCGUUAUACCCAUUGAAAUUAACGUUCGUCAAGCAUCCAUUGUUGCUCGUGAGCUUCGUUAUGAAAUUGAGACAGAUCCACAAAAAGUUAAUAAAUACAAUGAAAAACGGUAUAAAACUGCGUUAGCUUUUCUUGCUGGUGAUGCAGCAAUGUGUGUUCAUUUUUGGCCUGGUCGUGGAAUGAAUAGUGGAAUGAAAGCUGCUAUUGCAUUAGCACGUAAUAUUCUUCGUGCAUGCACAUCAAAUAAUGCAAUAAAUAUACGUAAACCAUUACGAUUUUUAGACUUUCUUGAUUAUGAAGGUUUCAUGGCUCGUCUUCGCGCACGUGAACAACAAGGUCGUUCAUUACGUGUUCUGGUUGAUCCAAUUGAUAAAUCUGUUGAAGAAGCUUAUUCCUAUGCAUAUAAUCCUUAUUGUUAUGAACGAUAUAUAACAAAUUUAAUUCAUAAAUUAAAAAAAACUCGACAGCGUCUACAAGAAAACCCUGAAUGGCCUCAUAAAUCAAAACCAAUUACAGAUGAUGAAUUACAAACUCUAUCAAAUCGCAUAUCACCAUAUGCUGUUGCACAAUUAUCAUUAGCAAAUCCAUGGCCAACACGAGAAAUGAGUGGAGCUGACGUUCUCGUUGAACAUAUAUUUCCGUAUGAUUUGAAUAGAUUUUUACCUCUACCUGUAACAAGACUUCCAAGUUUACAUCGCACUGAUUCAAUGAUGCCUCGUUAUAAUUAUCAAAUAUUAUGGAUUACAGAUGAUAAUAAAAAUGAAAAUAUUAAAAAUAUUUUUAAAGAUAUUGAAAAUUCACAAAAUACUCUUCGAUUAUCAAUAAAUAAAGAUUGUGAUUAUCAAAUGACUUCUGUUCAAACAAUAGAUCAAGCUAAACAAUGGUUAACAACUAAUCAAGAAUCACUUCGACAACCACAUAUUAGACUUAAAGUUGUUACUUUAUGGACAAUACAAAAGGAUAAAACAGCAAUCGAUGUCAUUAGAGCUGUUCGUUCCAUAUAUUCACGUGUACCUGUCCUAAUAUUUACAACUAAACAAGAUAAAAUACGAGCAGCACUUGAAUUUCCGAAUGUUGUUGCAACUGAUAAAGAAUAUGAAGUGAAAGAAUUUGUUGGACUUAAUCAAGGACCACUAUGGAAUUCCGGUUGUCAAGUAUCGUAUACAAUGACGAAUUCAUUUGACAACAAAGAAAUACAACCAUUACCAAUAAUAACAUCCGAUACAAGUAAAUAUUACAGAAAUAUUCAUUAA